AUGCUCGAGGUAUAUGCCGACCCAUGCACGGUCAACUGCCGCAAGGUACUGGCUGGGCUCGACCUCAUCGGCACGAAGUACAAUUUCAACCACAUCGACUACUUCACCAGCCAGCAAAAGAGCCCCGAGUACAUGAAGAUCAACCCAAACGCCACUGUUCCAUCAGCCGUUGACGGUGACCUGCAGAUCACCGAAUCAAAUGCUAUCCUGCAAUACAUCGCGGACGAUGCUGGUUCCGCAUACCCCAAGGAACCCAAGGAUCGAUGUAAUGUCAAUCGCUGGCUAUUUUGGGAGGCAUCAAAGUGGUUUCCCAGCUGCUACAUCUACCUUGUCGAAUACGUGGUGAAACCACUGCUGAAGGCAGAGCCUGACCAAGCUGUCAUUGACCACGAAGCACCGAACUUCCAUCGGCUUGCUGGAAUCCUCGAUGAUCAGUUGGCAAAGACAAAAUGGCUUGCCGGCGAUAACCUCACGAUUGCCGACAUUUCUAUGGCGGCUCCUAUGCACCUUCAUGAAGCACAGAAACUCCCACUUGACAACCAUCCAAACCUCAAAAAAUGGUUGGGAGAAAUUGAGAAGUUACCUUGCUGGCAGAAAACCCAGGGGGCAGUCGACAAGGCCUUGCUGCCAGGUAGGGUCGCCUCAAAUGGCACCGCUGCUGCCCGUAAAGAUGUCAAAGCUAACUUCAACUACACGAAGGACGUUGAAAAACGUACGGAACUGUACUUCUAUGACUCCGAGGCGGCCAAGGACAUUCACGAGCCUGGCGAUGAUGCGCACGAGAUGGCGGUACAUGAUGGAUGGUAUCGGGCGGAUUCAUUCUCCAUCGACAAAGAGGGGUUCUCGGUUAAAUCGUUCAAAACUGAUUACCAGGAUUGGGAGGAUGAAGAAUCUGUCAAGGAAAACUUCUACCCAGAGAUUGUCGACUUCAUUAAAAAGACCACGGGCGCCAAGCGCGUCCUUGUUUUUGACCAUACUAUUCGCACCAAGGCUAAUGAGAAGAAGAAGUUGACACAGGAGACCAACACUUCCCAAAGGGCUCCAGUGAUGCUGGUCCACUGCGACUACACGGCAGAGUCUGGGCCAAUUCGAGUGAAGCAGCUGUUGGCAGAUGAGGCAGACGAACUAUUGACUCGGCGCGUGGCCUUCCUUAAUGUCUGGAAACCCAUUUAUCGUGUCGUCGAGGAGAGGCCACUUGCAAUGUGUGAUGUCAGCACAUCGCCAUCCGACGAUUUCUUCAAGCUGUACUUGAAUUAUCGCGACCGCGUGGGCGAGAACUAUGUGAUGCGGCAUUCUCCGAAUCAUAAAUGGUGGUAUUUCCCCCAAAUGACUCCGGAGCAAGUCAUCAUCUUGAAGACCUUUGAAUCAGAAACAGACGGCCGUGCUCGCUUUGUUGGUCAUAGUGCUUUCGAUGAUCCUACCUCAGCACCCGACGCGCCUGCCCGAGAGAGUGUGGAGAUUCGCACAAUAGCAUUCUUUUAG